AUGUCACAAUUCCGAUCGAACGUCUUGACGGGUCUCGUCGCCCUUCCCCUGGUCAACGCACUUGGACACCUGCUCCCCGUCAUGGGCACUGCUUGGGCCGUGGCAGGGGAGUUCACCCUCAAUCCGCCUGUCCUGAUCCUCAACUUCUCCUCGUGGAUGAUCUUGGAUGUAUAUGAUAAGUAUAAGGACAUGCCCAGAGGCUCGAAACCCAGCCGAUCGAGUUUCCUGGCUUGGAUUGGCCUUUUCUUCCUUGCGGCUAUCUGGGCAACGUAUCAAUGUGGCUGGGACGUCGCCGUAUGCGUCUUCAGAUUGCUCUGGCUGGAGUUGCUGUGGCCGACCCCCUCCAUUCCCACAUACUCUCGCGAGGGAGGGAUCCGGCUUGUGAAAUUGAAAUCAAUUCUCGGAGUGGGUAAAUCGGCGUUCUGCGGGAUCCUAGCAGGCUUGAUGGACACCCAGGCGUCUGCGGUCUAUACCUGCUCCCAACAUCCUUCACGAUGUUCGUCAAUGGUCGUACCCAGGAAAGCAAUGGCAUAUGGUGCGCUCUACAGCUUCGUUCGAGAAACAGUGUAUGACGCGAGGGACAUUGAGGAAGACAAUCAGCAAGGGACCGCGACACUCCCCACAGCCAUUGGACUACGGACGACUAUGCUCGUCCUUGGAUUGACCACAGCCGUAGGCGAAAUGCUCAUCGCAGGAGCAGAGUGGAGGUACCUCCACAUGCUUGCUCGAACGCUGUUUUCGGUCGGUGUGACCUCGUUGGUGCUGAAGUAUCCCCGUCGGUAUAACGCUGCCUGGGCUCUGUUCUGUGCGUUAUCACUCAUCCCAGCCUUUCAGGGUCAGAUAGACCUACUACUAUAA